AUCGCACAACUUUACCGAAUGUCAAUACGGUGUGUCAGUUUCUUUGGCUAGCUAGAAGCAUGUGUUUGUGUAUGUAAAAUGUUGUUUCGCUGUUGAAGACCAAAGAAAAAUCCCUUAUUUAACUCACCUAUCUCACGCAGAAAUAUCAAUCACCUGAAUCAUUGUGUCGAUAAACACGUGAAAAUUAUGAAUGAAGGUGGCUGCCAGCACUUAGUGGCGUAUUUUAAGGAAUUUAAUCGUGACUCCUAUCGCUUUGUCAAUGCCUACUUUAGUGCGUGUGUGUCCAAGGAAGCUCGCCGGAGAAAGGCUCUGUCCUGCCUGUGCUACGUUUGCGGUGGAUCUGGUCCUCAGUUGUACGCGUGUCUGCAUUGCAUUUACUUUGCCUGCCGCGGUCCCCACUUCCUGGACCACAUGACAACAUCCAAGCACUACAUUGGGCUUGAACUCAGCUACAGCAUGAUCUACUGCCACCAUUGCAGGGACUUUAUCUACGACAGGGAAUGCCAGGAGAUUGCACGGCAGCACCUAAUGCGUGAGGCAAGGUGUCUGAACAAGAGUAUCUCCUGGCGACCCUGGAUGCCUUCGCGAAUCGAAGUGGAAUUGCUAAAAAGUCAUCCAAGACGACGUAUGGUGACACCACUCAGUAGCAUAGGCCUCCGGGGAUUACUGAAUCUCGGCAAGACGUGCUUCAUGAACUGCAUCGUUCAGGCCUUGAUUCACACUCCACUACUCAGGGAUUACUUCCUCUCGGAAAAGCAUGAGUGCAGCAUUGAGUCGAGCAUGAAGUGUCUGGUUUGUGAAGUAUCGCGGCUCUUCCAGGAAUUCUAUUCUGGUGCCAGGGCUCCACUUUCUCUGCAUAGGCUACUGCAUCUCAUCUGGACCCAUGCCCAUCAUUUAGCCGGUUAUGAACAACAGGAUGCCCAUGAAUUUCUCAUGGCCACCCUCAAUAUCAUCCAUCGACACUGCAAGAAUGCCGUGGAAUGUGAUAAGGGACUGGUGCAUGUGGCACCACGAAAGGGUGCUUCCGAUGGGGAUGGCACAAUGCGCUGCAACUGUAUCAUAGAUCAAAUAUUUACGGGUCGCCUCCAGAGUGAUGUUGUGUGUCAGCUGUGCAAAGGUGUUUCCACUACAAUUGACCCCUUUUGGGACAUUUCAUUGGAUUUGGGGGAGACUCAUCAAGGCUGUGGUCCACCUAAGUCCCUCCUUGAUUGCCUGGAACGCUUCACACGGGCUGAACAUUUGGGUCCAAGUGCCAAAAUCGAGUGCUCCUCGUGCAAGAGCUAUCAAGAGUCCACAAAGCAAUUCUCAAUGCGCACACUACCGAUCGUGGCGAGCUUCCAUUUGAAACGCUUCGAGCAUUCGGAUCUCAUCGAUAAGAAGAUCUCCACAUUUAUUUCAUUCCCAGCCGAACUGGAUAUGACACCCUUCAUGUCUCACAAGACUGACGGACUUACGGACUUCCGGUACUCCCUCUAUGCUGUGAUUAACCACACCGGAACAAUGGAAACUGGCCACUAUAUAGCCUACGUGCGGCAUCAAAAGGAUGUGUGGGUCAAGUGUGAUGAUCAUAUCAUUACAACUGCCACACUUAAGCAAGUUUUAGACAGUGAAGGAUAUUUACUAUUCUAUCACAAGAAGAUUCUUGAAUAUGAAGGAAAACUUUAAAGAGAGGAUGUGUGUAUGAUUUUAGUGUUUUUUUAAAAAAAAAAAUAUGAAAUUGUUUAGCUAUGGGACGUAAUGCGUUGGAAUUAGUGUCUCUGUAGAGGCACAUUAUACAUUUUUUCUAGAGUAGCGCAUAAAAACUGAAAUAAUUUUAAUUAUUUUUUACGUAAUAAAUUAAUUGCGAGCAA